AUGGAAGAUCAUUUUGAAGACACUGGAGCCAAUUCCAUAGAGGCCUCACCAGCAACGGAUACCAUAUCUUCGUCCUUCGCUCCAGAUGCUCCGGAGAGCCUGGCUCCGUUUGCUAUUCUUAUUAUCGCUCUAAUGUGCAUGAAAGUAGAGGAAGUAGUGACCAGCUUAGAGCUCCGCAUUCAUCGUAUGAAUGCAUUGAAGGCUCAGCGCUGGUUGGAACCCACCACUGAAAUUGUUGAACCUGGCCGCGGGGACGGAACCGUCCCCCGCGGAAAUCUUGUUAAUAAUUUGGCGCUGUUCUUCGGAGCAGCGGUUAUUCUUUUAUUACUUGGAUGGACGACCUUCUCUUACUUGAAGAGGAGAUCGACUUCUUGGAAAAACACUAACAUCAUGGACGACACCGAACUUUUGGACGAGAAAGAGGAAGGAUUUGAUGAGGCCUUGGAUGACUUCCAUGUUAGGAAGAUUGUAGAUCUUGAGGAGGAGGACGACGACGACGAGGAGGAGGACGACGACGACGACGAAGAGGAGGAGGAGGAGGAGGAGAUAGUAGAAGAGAAUGAUGACUCAACAGAGGAGGAGACAGUCAAACAGGAUGAAGACCCCAAGGAGGAGGAGACAGCAGAGGAGACGGUCGAACAGGAUGAUGACUCGACAGAGGAGGAGACAGUCAAACAGGAUGAAGACUCCAAGGAGGAGGAGACAGUAGAGGAGACAGUCGAACAGGAUGAUGACUCGACAGAGGAGGAGACAGUCAAACAGGAUGAAGACUCCAAGGAGGAGGAGACAGCAGAGGAGACAGUCGAACAGGAUGAUGACUCAACAGAGGAGGAGACAGUCAAACAGGAUGAAGACCCCAAGGAGGAGGAGACAGCAGAGGAGACAGUCGAACAGGAUGAUGACUCGACAGAGGAGGAGACAGUCAAACAGGAUGAAGACUCCAAGGAGGAGGAGACAAGGAGGAGACAGUCAAACAGGAUGAAGACUCCAAGUGGAGGAGGAGACAGUAGGAGAACAGUCGAACAGGAUGAUGACUCGACAGAGGAGGAGACAGUCAAACAGGAUGAAGACUCCAAGGAGGAGGAGACAGUAGAGGAGACAGUCGAACAGGAAGAAGACUCUGAGGAGAAGGAGACAGUAGACAAUGAUGAUUACUUCACAGACGAGGAGAGAGUCGAACAGAAUGAAGACUCCACAGAGGAGGAGACAAUCGAAGAAUAUGAAGAAGAUUCCGAGGAGGAGAAGGAGGGAGAGAAAGAGAAACCAGAAGAUGAAGAUGAUCACGACGAGUUCCUGGAAAUUCUGGGGCAGUUCAUGAAUGAUUCCACAGCCUCCAGCGAAUUCCCAAGGCCAUCGCUGGUGUGUGGUCGCAGGAGGAAUGAUGUCCUCGAGGCAGUUCUCGCGAUGCGUUGGGAGAUGGACAGACUCGCGAGGGAGAAUGAGAAGCUGCAGAAGGAACGACUGGACCACCUGAAUUUGACUGAGGAACUGCAAAACAAGAAGGACAUAGAGAUGAACAAUAUUAGAACAGAGUUUGAAAGCCUUGCAGGAGAGAAUAGUAAGCUGAACGAUGCCUUGCUGGAAUGCAAGAGGCGGGAAAGGGAACUAGAAUGUCAAGUUAGAAAAUUAACCGAGGAGGUCGAAAAUUUAGAAGAAACGAGAACUGGGAAGAAAGAACAGGUGCCUUCUGAAGUACAAGGAGUCACUGAAGUCGCUGAACUGCAGAACAUUAUAGAUAAACAAGCCGAUCUAAUCAGCCGUUUGAAGAAGAAGCUUCUGGAAAUGGAAGAGGAGAGACGGCAGCAGGAAUCCGAUUUCCAAGAAUGGGAAAGGACAGUCUAUACAGUCAGGAAUGAGAACUCCGAGUUGAAGGUAGCCUUGAAGGAAAUCAAUCAUAAAAACGAACUAUUUAGAAUAUUCGAAGAACGUAAUAAAGUCCUGGAAGAAGAGACCAAAAGGCUGAGGAGAGAAAUGGCUGACAAAGAAAGCAAGGAGAAGAAGGAGAAAAGUUUAAUUUCAAAGGAGAUGGAGACCCUCAGGAGGCAGAUGACCCAAGCGUUUCUAGUCCGCGACGAGAUGAGAAAUGAGAAGGAGUCGAUGGCCCGUCACAUUCUCACACUAGAACGUGAGAACGAGGAUUGCAAGAGAGACGUGGCCUAUUUCCAGGAGUGGUUUGCCAAGGAUUACGCAAAUCACUCUGAGGAAGUGGAAGAUUGUCUCAGCAAGUUAUUUGAAGCUUCAGAUAGGCACCAGUUGCACCUGAAAGAAAAGUUACAACGUUUGAGAAACGCGAGAGAUUCCAAUGACAAUUAA